AUGAAAGCCGUUGCCCCGGUUUUGACUAGCUUCGUUCAUCAGGCUUCAGAGUGUAGGGCUAAGAACGAUGCAGGGCAGACCCUAUAUUGGCGACUUUGGCAUAGAGGUGACUUCUAUUCCUUCCACAAUGGUAAUCAACCUUUGGUCCUGCGGAGUAAGCCCGACGCUGAGCUCACUGUGGCAUUCCUAGUCGACGGACU